AUGGACGAUGACGAUUGCAUGGGCAUUUUGUGGUCGCUGCAUCAGCGGCGGAUCGAAUUUAAUCAGCUUGAGGAAAGCAUUCAAGCCACCGAAGAGGCAGCGGACGAACUCGAGGAGCAGCUUGUGGCGACGAACUUCACUGUCGCCGCUCUUUUGGCUCAACGGUUCACGAGGAUCCCUCGCGAGAGGGCAAUGUACGUUCGGUCGGGGAGGUGGUUUGAGGAGACGCUGCCUAGGCUGGGCGAACAACACUUUCGUGCCUGCUUUCGUGUGUCCUCAACCACCUUCCAGUACCUCGUGGACGUCUGCCGCUCGUCGAUGCAACGGCAAGACACAGCCAUGAAAACUGCGAUCACAGUGGAAAAAAGAGUAGCCAUAAGCCUGUACAGGCUCUGCUCCACGGCGGAGGAACGGACAAUCGGCCACGUUUUCGCUGUGGGACAAUCGGUGGUAAACGAGAGCUACCGCGAGUUCUGCGACGUUGUAAUUCAGGAACUGGAGGCCAGAACGGUUUCGAUGGUUAGGAACGAGGACCUCGAGCACCACAUGCGCGAAUUCCAGGCAGUCCUGGGAUUCCCCAACGCCAUCGGUGCUCUUGACGGCUGCCACCUGCCCGUGUCGCCGCCGAAAGACUCGGCUGUCGACUACCGCAAUUACAAAGGCUGGUACAGCGUCAUCCUGUUGGCGUUGGUGGACCACAGGUACCUUUUUCGGUACAUCAGCGUGGGCUCCCCUGGCAAGUGCCACGAUGCCAAUGUGUAUGGGCGAUCCCCGUUGGGGCGUCUGCUCGAGGACUACCAGGUGGCUGUGCCAAGAACCAUUGGUGGCACAGAAAUACCACCUAUCGUCCUUUGUGAUCAGGCAUUCCCCCUCACCAGGAACCUAAUGAAGCCCUUCCCCCACAGUUUAAAUCACCCUCAGGACGAAGGCGACUUCAACUACGCCCUCUCCAAGGCCAGGCGUGUUGUGGAGAAUGCGUUUGGGCGUUUGAAAGCUCGAUUCAGAAUCGUCCUCAAGCGAAUGGAGGUUCGCAUCGACAAUGUCAACGCCGUCGUCCGAGCGUGCUGCAUACUGCACAACGUCUGCGAGACGCUCAACGACAGUGCGGACAAGCAGUGGAUCCAGGACGCCCGGAAAGUGGAGGAGGAUGACAAGCUGGAGCAGCCGAGCCGCAAAACCAAGGCCAAGACGGACAGUGGCACUGCGGUGCGCACUGCACUUGUUGCCUAUUUUGGUGCUAACCCACCCCCCAAGCGCAACCAAGCUUCAGCAGAGGCACUGUAAUUUGUUCAGCGUUGACCUUUCCCUGGCAGGCAAACUGUGCUUGCAUUUAGGAUGUUUCACCUCAGUCGAACUUUGCAUAGAAAGUUCAAGAAAGCUGAACCUUGUCAGGUUCACGACAUCCCUACAAACAAGUGUCCUAAUUCUCCACAGGUGUAGUAAUAAGCAAGGAACCAAUCUUUUUUUUUCUACCAUGAUUGCCGAUAUUGAUGUGUCUCUUUGAAAGAAAGGUAUUUUACUGAAUUUUGGUGUAGUCGCAUGUGAUGCACAUCUUUAGGAUAAUAGUAUUGUACCCACAUUUCAUCAUCAACUCACUCGAACCUUUAGAAAAUACUAGUGGGUCUGACGUUUAUCCCAAACAAUUUGUGUUUGUCCCGCCUUGAUCAAAACGUCUGCAAUUGGGUUUAAGGCCGAACAACGAUCAAAGCAAGCAUUGCAUGCCAAUGCUUGGAACCCAAACUCAAAUAAAAAGGAGGCUAUUUCUUAGCAUUUACUUUUUUACUUUUGAGCUUUCGAUUUUAGGAACUGGAGGAACUCUCGCUGCAGGUCAUUCGAUUCCUGCAUGAUUGCGAACUGGCGCUGCCGGUCCCUGUGAGUUCUUUCCCUCGCUUCUCGAAGUUCUUGUCUCUGCGCCCUCUGCUCCUCGAGGACCAACAUGACGAGGUCUGCCUGUUUGCAGGAAGACUUUUUUUUUUUUUCUGUUGUGGUUCCACUGCAAGUUCUUCAGGAGGAUCCACCGUCUCCUGUGACUCCUCAGGAGAGAUGUCUUCAGGUUCCUGAUAAAAACCAAUGAGUGCUCAUCAGAAGGGCCCAUGACUUAAAGAUACAUGCAUAACUUAAAGAGGAUUAUGCAACGAUAUUUGGUUUGAAUGUUUUUCACUUUGUGCAAGAAUACUAAUCUUACCUUAAUAAUCUUACCUUUUCAUAUCAUGUUACACAAAUUGUUGCUUCUGCCUUUAGAACA